AGAAACGACAACUCUCUCUCUCUCUCUCUCUCUCUCUCUCUUCAAAUCCCAUACUUCCCACAGCAUGUUUUGUUGCUGUUCUCCACGCGUUCCAAGAUUUUACAGAGACCCUUCUUCUAUGUUAUAGCUAGCUAUAGCUAUUAGCUUCUAUUUCUUGAGGUGUUGUUUUGCUGCUCAGCUCUUGUACCCCACGAAAGCUGUUGGUCAAUAUUUGAUUUGAAAACUCUGUUUCUGCUGUUUCGGUUUCAUAUUAAAGUGCUGAUAAUUAAUCCAGGUACCUUUCUUCACUUUACUAGUACACUUGCAGAGGCAGAGAGAAAAAGUAGAGAGAGGCAGAGAGCGUGUUUUUAAGUGUUCAGCAAUUUUACACAGUGGGUUUUCUCUUUCUUUGUGAUUUAAAGAUCUUCUUAUCUAAAAAGCAGAAAUGUUGAAGAUGGUGUGGCUCUUCUUCAACAUCUUCCUUCUCUGUUUUCUGGGUCUUACUGGUGCAGGUCAAGAAACUAAUAUUCAAUUCCUCAACCUCUAUGAUACAACUUCUGGAGUUUUUGAAGGAAUGUCCAAGUCAGAUCACGCAUUUGCUGUGUCUGCUAGUGUUGAAGAUCUCAUUGAAAUUUCUAGGAGUGUUUUGAAAGCUGAGAGUUGGCUUAGAACCCACGUCCUAUCUCAGUUUCCUGCUACUCGAAUCACUACCAUUGUUGUGGGUAACACUCUUCUCUGCCAAAAUGGUCAAAAUCACAACUGGGUUUUGGUUCUACCGUCUCUUAAGAAUGUCUAUUACUCUCUAACUAGAUGGGGUUUGGAAAAAGAGAUCAAAGUUUCUGCUGCCUUUUCUUCUAGCUGUUUUAACAUAAAAUCUGAUCUUUUCAGAGAUGAUUUUGUUGAAAGAGUAACCGAACCUCUGUUACAGUUUCUACAUAGUAUAAACUCUACAUAUUCGAUAAAUCCAUCUCCAAAUUUCUCUGCUUUAUUGGAUGAAACUGUAAGUUUGGUCUCAUCUUGCACUGAAUUUCUAAAAAAGUUUGGAUCUUUUCACUUUAACAAGAUCAAUAUAAUGGAGACCAACCCAAAACAAAAAAUAUCCAUUAACAGGAAACUUUCAAGCAUAGAAUCCCCAAAUGGGUUUUCUGUUCCUUCCAAUGUAGCCAAAAACCCACAUCCUUCAUCACCUAUUGUUGCUUCACCACCAUUCUCUUACCCUAUUGCCUCUCCACCACCAAUGGUAUUCCCUUUUGCACCAGAACAACAGGAACAGCCUCCUUUUAGUAGUGGACCAGCGUUAGCACCGUAUGGUUAUUCACUGCCACCAUGUAAUCCAAUUAGUACGAUAGUACCAGCAGCACCAGGGCCAGCAGAGGUGGUGCAGGAACUUUGGUGUGUGGCUAAGCCUAGUGUCCCUGCAGAGACAUUACAGGAGGCAAUGGAUUAUGCUUGUGGUAAAGGUGGCGCCGAUUGUGCAGAGAUUUUGCCUCAAGGAAAUUGUUUUUAUCCAGAUACUGUUUUUGCUCAUGCUUCUUACGCAUUCAAUAGCUAUUUUCAAAAGACUAAAAGAAAUGGAGGUUCUUGCAGCUUUGGAGGCACUGCCAUGCUCAUCACGUCUGAUCCCAGUUUUCUUCAUUGCCGGUUUAUUCUGAGCUAGACAGAGUAACUGAAGAAGGUGUUGGGAAAUGAAGAAUGUUGGAUUUGUUUUGCUACAAAGUUAGAUUGGUAGGGUAUGGUUUGCAAGGUGAAUUUAAUUUGUGUACUCUACCCUUAAAUAUGAAGUGGGUCAACUUAGCACAUAACCUUUAGGAGACUGUUUUAACGAGACUGCUUUUAGCUAGUGUUUUGUAGUGCAGUCUUGUGGAUCACAAGAGUAGAAUGGGAAUGCUCUUUUGACUUGUAUUUUAGUACUAAACUAGAUUGGUACAAUCCUAUUACUUUCAGUCUAUUAGACAUUGCUUCUCUAUUUGAUUCUUCACUUGUUUGUUACA